UGUGUGUGUGUGGGGGUGAGAGAAAGGUUCCAGAGAAGAUGCGCAGGGUUAGUAGUCGUAUUUGUGGUGAUGAGGAUGUUGAGCCAGAGGAGCUGGAAACAGAAGGAGAAAGGCAGUUGCAAAAUCUCUUGAAGCACCAGUUAGACACAACAGUAACACUUGAAGAAUGCAUUGCUAAGAAAAAAUGCUUUGUCCCAAGUUCUUUAUACAAGCCAUUUGGGGAGCAGGCAGCAGGUGUGCUGAGUCUGUCGCAGUUUCAGACUCUGCAAGAUGGAGAAGGGGAGGUUGCUGCCCUGAGGGAACUUGGACUAACUGACCGGGAAAUCCAACUCUGGCAAGAUAGGGAAUCUCUAGUUAAGUUCUCAGGGCUUGGAGCAGAUCCAGCAGCAGUACAACAAAGACUCCGAGCCAUUGAAGAGAAAAUUGAGGAGCGACAACGGCUUAUGUCAUUGCCACAGAGAUUUUCAGGAAGCAAGCAGCUGAACAGGAGGGAGAUGGAGAUUGAAAAUGCAAUGUUCCAGGGAACUGAUCGUUACACCUUUUUGAAAGCUCUAUAUUACCAAGAUGAAAAGUCUGUAAAAGACCAGAAUGACCCUAUAAAUCAAUUAGAAAUGAUGUUACUAAAGUUUAAAAAUGAUCCAGCCGGAAUGAGAGAGACUCCGAAAACCAGACCAGAGUCAUCUAUGGAGAUGCUUGCUACAACAACAAGUAACGAAGGUACCUUUAAAGAAAUGACUGGUCUAUGUAUUCAACCACAGAGUCAGUUCAGUGCUACUGAUCGUUACGAAAAUCAAAGUACCAAAGGGCUUUCAAUGAAUGUUCCUAUCAGAACCCUACCCAGCAUUGGUACUCAUGGUCCUCAGAAAAUCACUCAGCAAGUGGAAGCUGUCCCCAAAGAAGAGAUCUGGAAGAACAAACUUUCUGUGGAGGAAAUCAGAAUGAUUCCAAGAUUUUCAAAUUAUAAUCCUGGACAACCAAGCAGGGUCUUGUACUUGAAGAACCUUAAUCCAAAAGCUACACUGGAGGAUCUAUUUUCCUUAUUUGUUUCUUUCCAACAAAAGGAUGGUCCUCAGCUGACUUUCCGGUUAUUGACAGGCCGAAUGAAGGGACAAGCAUUCAUCACCUUCCCAAGUGUGGAGAUGUCAACAGAAGCAUUGAACACGGUGAAUGGCUACAAUCUGUUGGGCAAGCCAAUAAUCAUAGAGUACGGACAGAACCGAUUGGACCACUGACUUGUAUUUGCAGAAGGAGGCUGAUGAAAAGGAGUUUCAGCAUAAUGGGGCUGGUCAUCCCUGGGAUGACAGGCACAGUGAAAUAUUGGAAAGUCUUAAUUUAAUCUGUCCAGCCACUUACAAUGGAUACAUUUUCAACUCUGAACCAAAAUUCAUUACAUUGGUGUAUUGAUAAAACCCUCAUCUGUAUAUGAUGCAUACAGUCUCUUGUUUCUUUAGAAAAUCAUUGUUGUGCUUUCCAGUGUUAAAUGCACCAGGUAAUGUAAAACUGAAUGAGGAAAAACACAGCUUUAUUCUCCUAGUACUGUGUGCAGUUUACAUCUAGAGUACUGCAACCGAUUACAUUGUCUUUUUCUAACAAAGAGGAAACAAAUUAGCUGAUCUUGCUGUAACACUUGUUUCUCCAAUGUGAAUUGGCUUUAAAACCAUUAAGUAAUUAUUUAUAUAGACCAUUAUUUACAGAAUGCAAACUUUCCUUACUUAUAUUGGCUAUAACGCUAUUAGAUUAGAUUAGACUAGAUUAGACUUACAGUGUGGAAACAGGCCCUUCGGCCCAACAAGUCCACACCGACCCGCCGAAGCGCAACCCACCCAUACCCCUACAUUUACCCCUUACCUAACACUACGGGCAAUUUAGCAUGGCCAAUUCACCUGAACCCGCACAUCUUUGGACUGUGGGAGGAAACCGGAGCACCCGGAGGAAACCCACGCAGACACGGGGAGAACGUGCAAACUCCACACAGUCAGUCGCCUGAGUCGGGAACUGAACCCGUGACUCAGGCGCUGUGAGGCAGCAAUGCUAACCACUGUGCCACCGUGCCGCCCACAAGUUCUACCCCCACUAGUUUAAAUGGUGCAAAUUGUGUGAUUUCCUUAUGUAAGAUUGCACGAGAAUGUAACUAUCCCGUUAUACAAGAACCAAUUGUAUUUUGUUUCAGGCUCCUUAUCCAUUACUCAGUGUCUCCUGCAAUGAAGCAUUUCUGUUAAGGCUCCCCAUUAUUGAACAAGCUAGUCAAAUAACUUUCUAGGUUCAUAAAUUACAUAUGGCUUCAAUCCAAGGUGCCAGUAGCUGUUGAUAGUCAAAACUCAGUAGCCACUGCUUCAAGAAAGGAGGGGAAUAAAACAGGAGCAGUUUAAGAAUAUAAAGCUAUUUUAACACCUCUUAGUUCACAUAAUAAAUGGUGGUUUAUUUAUCCUG